UCAGUGACACAGAGAGAGGGUUUGGGACACAGCCGCUCGGUCAGCAGGCUGCCUGAGUAUAAACCGCCUCUCGCAGACCCACAGAGAGAGAGAGAGAAGAUGGCGCUGAACAGAAACCAUUCUCCUCAGGGUGGAGUGAUCAUCAACAACAGUGAGAGCGUGCUGAGAGACUGUAAGAAUGUGGAGCUCUCCUUCAGUGAUGUCACACAAAAGAGUGACCUGUUCAAGGGGACCAAGAAGGGCAGUGUGUACCUCACGCCUUACAGGAUGGUGUUUGUGAGCAAUAAUAUGAAGGAGAAGUUCUGCUCCUUCAUGUUCCCGUAUUACCUGAUGAAGAACUGCAGCAUUGAACAGCCUGUUUUUUCUGCCAACUUCAUCCAGGGCAUCAUCAAAGCAGAACCUGGCGGUGGUUGGGAAGGUCAGGCUAAUUUUAAGUUGUCCUUCCCCAGUGGAGGUGCCAUCGAGCUCGGACAGCAUCUCUUUAAACUGGCCUCCAAUGCGUCUCGCGCCCCCCCACAGAGUGGAGCGAAUGUUUUUGCCCCUGCAGGCUACAUGAACGGCUAUGCGAGUCCAGCGAUGCCUCAACCCUACUACAGCCCUUACCCUUACCCACCUGCUGCUUCUGCUCCAGCUCCAGGCAUGUAUCCCACAGUUCCACCCUACAUGGCUCCACCUCCUCCAUACCCUGGACCUCCUCAGAACUGGAACCCUCCACCAGUUGUUCCUGGUAAUGCUAAAGCAGCCGAGGCAGCUGGCAGCGCUUACUACAAUCCCACCAACCCGCACAACGUCUACAUGCCAAUGGAUCAGCCUCCUCCGUACUAUCCUCCUCAAAACCAGCCAGAUAAGAAGAACAACUAAAGCCCCACCCCUUCCUGUGAAGUCACAUAACUGCACGGUUAUGACAUCACAGAUUUUUCUCAGAUUGGCUUGUACUGGAUAUUAGAACCGGAGCAAAUCUUAUUAUACAUAUAUGUAUUGUAUCUCUCCUUUUCCUCUGAGAGUGUAUGUGUGUAUGUGUGAGUGUGAGUGUGUGUGUGUGUGUGUGAGUGAGUGAUGCAAGGAGAGUGUGUGUGAGUGAGUGAUGCAAGGAGAGUGUGUGUGAGUGAGUGAUGCAAGAAGAGUGUGUGUGAGUGUGUGUGUGUAUUGUAAUCAUGUUUAUAACCAGCAAAGUUUUUCUAAUUCAGCUUUUCUGCACCUUCUCACUGUUUUUAAUCAAAAGUGUUUGUUAACGAGCAUAAAAAAAUUGUUAGAUUUGCUGCUUAGUGACUUUGGUUUCCAUGGCUACUGCGUUAACUCAGAUUUAUUCACAACCGUUGGUUAAAGUCCGUUUACUUGGGCAGCGUGGUCUGUGUGUGUAUGUGUGUGUGUGCGUGAGGUGAAUAGCAAUCCUAUAGCACAGAUACAGAAUCAUUAACUUUAAUAUUCAUAGUAAAUCCUUAAUGCAGUGUGUGUGUCUGUGUGUGUGUGCGUGUGUGUGUGUGUGUGUGUGCGCGUUUCCUCAGAAAAAGCAAUCCCAUAAUAUCUUGUGAUAAUAUUGUAAACUAUGAUGUGAGUAAAAUCGAUUAUCACAGUAUGGUGUAUUGACUCUUACUCACACACUCACACACACACUCACACAGUUUCCUUUGUUGUUCAUGAUUCCUUUCUCUGAUUUGCAGCUGCUGGAAAAUUAUAUUGGUGAAUAAUAAAUAAAUAUCUUAGAUUCUA